AGGCGCGCGCACAUCGCCAAUAAUCAACCUGCGCUGCUGCACAGGAGCAUCCCGGCUGUCGGCGGUCCCUCUCUGCCUUCCCGCUGGAUGUUUGCGCAGAGAGCCGCCGCUCUUCAUCACCUCUGAACUUGGAGGCGCUCCGGUUCCGACACCAUGGCGCUUUCUGGGUGACGGAUCCUUUCGGCUUUAUUUGGGAAAGUUGCGCUGCGUCAUGGACCAACAGCGCAAACUUUAAGAGCUUUUUCCCCCUUUCUUCUUCUUCUUCUUCUUCUGAUGAGAGAGUUAUUUCACAAUGAAGGCAGGUGAAUCACCCGCGGCGCUCCUCAAGUAGACUGGGCUGGGAAAGGCGACACGGAGGGAGUCGUGCUGCAUGCGGAGGACCGGGGAACUGGACCGAUGAGACAACAUGGGUCCGCUGCUGUCUGAUGGAAGGCUGACAUGCUUUCUUUUCCCUCUGCUCCUGCUCCUGCGAGCUCCUUUGCUGUUCAGCUUUGGUGAGCGCACGUGCCCCAACAGCUGCCGCUGCGAGGGGAAAACGAUCCACUGCGACUCCUCUGGGUUUUCAGAAGUCCCGGAAAACAUCUCAGUAGGCUGCCAGGGUCUCUCCCUGCGCUACAAUGAACUACAUACCCUGCUACCUUACCAAUUUGCUCACCUGGGACAGCUUCUUUGGAUAUACCUGGACCAUAAUCAAAUUUCAGUCGUCGACAGUCGAGCGUUCCAGGGAGUUCGAAGGCUUAAAGAGUUGAUACUGAGCUCCAACCGGAUCGCGUCUCUACAUAACUCGACAUUCCAUGGCGUCCCCAACCUUCGUAGCCUUGACUUGUCCUACAACAAACUGGAAAUCCUGCAGCCGGGUCAAUUCCACGGCUUACGAAAACUACAAAACCUUCACCUGCGCUCAAACGGUCUCUCCAACAUCCCGAUUCGAGCGUUUUUGGAAUGCAGAAGUUUGGAAUUUCUGGAUUUGGGCUACAAUCGAAUCAAGGCUCUCACUCGCACCACCUUCUUGGGAUUGCAAAGGCUGAUGGAGUUGCAUCUAGAGCACAACCAGUUCUCCAGGAUCAAUUUUUUUCUGUUUCCACGCUUAGCCAAUCUGAGGUCCCUCUAUUUGCAGUGGAAUCGCAUCAGAGUGGUCAACCAGGGUCUUCCCUGGACUUGGUACACUCUGCAGAAACUGGAUCUGUCCGGGAAUGAAAUUCAGACGCUAGACCCGGCUGUUUUUCACUGCUUACCCAACCUUCAAGUCCUGAACUUGGAAUCCAACAAAUUGUCCAACGUGUCCCAAGAGGCUGUGACGGCCUGGAUCUCACUGACCACUAUUAGCCUGGCUGGCAACAUAUGGGACUGUGGAGCGGGCAUUUGCCCCCUUGUUGCCUGGUUGAGAAAUUUCCGGGGCAGUAAAGACACCACCAUGAUCUGCAGCAGCCCCAAGCAUCUCCAGGGAGAGAAAAUCAUGGAGGUCACACGGAACCACGGCAUUUGCGAGGAGAAUGAUUACUUUAUGACUGAAACGCCAUCACCGAUGCCGGAGCUAAUCUCUGACGCCACAGCUGAACCAACCUUUGCCUCCACCAGUUGUUCGCCAACGACCCCACCAACCAGCACCUUUGGUCCCCUCCCACCCUUCAGACUUCGACCAAUUCCUCAUCCAACCUAUCCAGGCCACAUGAGCAAAGACACUAGAAACACACCGAUUCGCACUCGGCCCACCCUCAUAUCGCCCCCGGCGAUGGAGCACAUGGCGCUGCACAAAGUGGUGGUGGGCAGCGUGGCGCUCUUCUUCACCAUGUCACUCAUCUUGACCAUUAUCUAUGUGCUGUGGCGGCGUUACCCGGGCGCUACGCGGUUGCUGCAGCAGCGGCCAGUGGUGGGACGGAAGCGGCGCAAAAAGAGCCCAGAGCCCGAACAAAACCUCAGCUCCCAACUCCAAGAGUAUUACAUGAGUUACAACCCCGCUGCCACACCAGAGGCACUGGAGGUGCUUGGCAACGGCACUGGUUCCUGCACUUGCACAAUUUCUGGCUCCAGGGAGUGUGAGCGCAACCUUUUCACUUUCUCAGAGGUCCAAUUUCAUGCCCUCUUCCCUCGACUGCUGGGUCAUUCUCCAAACGGCAUCCCACCGAGGGUGCGCCAGAUGAUGAUGCAUGUACUGAAAAAUGAACGAGUACACGUGUCCACGCCCCCUACCUGGUGCCUGGCUGGGAGAUGUGCCUACAAUCCAUUAACUCUCAGAGAAAGGACUGUUUGAGAUGAUGCAACAAAUCAAAGCCCGUCCCGCGAGCCCGCCAGGAUUCCUCUCUCAUCGCUCAGAUCGGUGGAGACGCUUCAAUCGUCCUCCAUGCAAACGGAUUCAAUCGAUCCAGUAGAAAAAGAGGAGAUAAUGUGGUGGCUUCUCUCUUUUUUCUUAAGAUUUUAUAACAUCUUUUUUUUAUUAUUAUUAUCAUUUGGUCGUUGGCAUUUCUCAUGAUGCUCACCUCACAAACACACGCACCGAUGGUUGAGGAUUCCUGUUGUGCGGACUAAUGAGAGCCAAGGGAUGGAUACAAUAAAGAUGGCCGCCCACUGCAGGGACCCUAAUGGCUUAUUGUCUCCUUCAGGACAACAUGGCGUCGUACAGAAAGGACAAGCUGUUCCUACAACACAGGGGUGUGUAAUUUAAAAUGGGUUUCCAUGUUUUCAACUCCUGUGAAGCAUCAUUAUAUAAUCUUUCAGUACAUUUUAAAAAAAAAAAAAAGAAAGACUAAUCAUGAGCUGCGAUGGUUCCUCGCAGAAAGUACGAAAAGAGGAAUCCGCUGUGGUUGUUUUGAAGUAUUUUGUUUUGUUCGGAGAGUUUUCUAAAUUCUUUCCAAAUAAAAUGAAAUUUCAAGGAUAACUUUUAAUAAGGGAGACAAAAAACCCAACAAAAAACAGAAAUGAGGACAGAUGCUCCAAUCAAGGACAAAUUGUGAUUUCCAGAAGUUCUGCUGUUGUUAAUGUUGUGUUUUUAUUUUCUUUAAUUUUGUUUUUUAAGAAACAAAAAUGUGUGUUUUGAGCAACAGAUACCAAAGAGCCAAAUGAAUCCUUCUUUAUUUUUGGCUCACCUUAACAUACAGGCGCAUCUCAAAACAUUUCUGUAUCAAACAAAAAGUUAAUUUACUUCAGUGAAACUGGAGCUUCAGAAAGUCGUUUAUUUCUGUUAGUUGUGAUGAUUACAGCUUAAACCAAAUUUAAACGAAACAUAAACAGUUUCCCAGAAAGUUCAAAUAUUACACAGGAACUUUGAGAAAUAUAUAUUUAAAACAGAAAUGCUAUGGAAUCAGACUAGUGACUUGACAGUUAUCCAGCGUCCUCCUUGAAUACAAGCAAAUUAAAGUUUAGUGAAAGGAAAAACUGUAGUGGAAAAAGUUCCAAAAGCAUUUAAGAACAAAAUAUUAAUUAGUUUAUUCGCUCAUAUAUAAUUUAUUUCUUAAAAUAUAACUACAUAUAUAUUUAAAUAAUAUUUAAUUAAAUAUUUUAAUUUAAUUUAAAAUAUAAAUUAUUUUUUUACUUCUAAGUUAGAUUUAUGAAAACGAACAAAAAUAACUGUAAUCCUGCCAAGAAAUUGGUUAUCCAUUUUGUUUGUGCAAUUUGUUUCCCACUGCAUGUUUUCCUUCCACUAAACUUUCCCCCAAUAUGCUUGGAUACAUGACUCUGAGCGGCCAUUUAUGACAAAUCGUGGCUUAUCUUCUGUCUAUAGAGGAAAGUAAAGGGACAAUGGGGAAGUUUCUCCAUGUUUGUUAUGACAUUUCUGUAAUAACUUCUUUUUUAAAGGGAGAUUUCAUGUAAGAAAACAAAUUAGUCAUAAGGCUUAUUUAUCAAAAUUAACAGAAAUAAAAGCUUUAAAUAUGUCUUAAGCGGCAUUACUGAAAUAAAUAAACUUUAAAUGAGAUGCACCUAUAGUUCACGACAAAUCUGGUAUUUGUUUUCUUUACAGAUUAAAUAUUAAAAAAGGCCUCAACUCCCUUCAGGUCCAGCAGUGCUUUGCUGCUUUUCUUUCUUUUCUUUCUCCUUUUUUCUUUCCAUCAUGUGUGCAACGUGUGUGUCUUUGUGAAUAAACGACCUUGCAGCGGCAGGAAGAUCUUGUCGGAAAGAAAACUCUCAGCACUGCUUUGCAUUGUAAAACUUUUCUUAAACCAGAAUUAAUUUAAAAAAAAUAAAUCAUGCUUUCUUCAAAAACAAUCACCCUGCUCGCCCCCCUUCAACAGACUGCAUAAUGUUGCUGUGCACGGUUCUGCGUGGGCUUGUGUUGCUCUUUAUUUUUUUUUGGUUUUUAUUGUAUUUGAAACCCACUGAGUUGUGGAUUGUUUUAACCUGUACUCUUUCUACACAAGAAGAAGAAGAAGAAUACUUUUGUAAUGUAAAUCUCUACUUCUUCUUCUUCUUCUUCCUCUUCUCCCCAUUUGGAUUUGUUGCGGUAUUCUUUGUUCACUUUCAACAGUAUGUUUUAUAAUUAAAAUGAUGACUUUACUGGUGAGCAAUAGUAAUUGGUCAAAUUAAAAACCUCCAUUGACCCUUUUGUGUGUUACAGA